UCGUCGCGGGAAACAGAGAGUGAAGUGCAGUGGCAGAGCAGAGCAGUGGUGCUGCCAUCCCACCUCUCUUCGUGCUCCGACUCCGCUGGAAUCAUGAUGCGCUCAUGGUGUGAUGUCGUGGGGAUGCUCAUGCUCGUCAUGGGAGCGCAGGGCUUUGCCGGUCCAGGCUUCUUGCCAGGAGUGCGCCCGGGACAUGCAGAAUCAGCAGGAGCGGUAUCCACAUCAGCAGCAGCGUCGGUUGCUGGGCGAUGUCCCGCGCCGCAACGCGUGCUACCGUCCAUGUCACUAGCGGGAAGCUCGCGGGGGGAGUACGUCAAGACCGUGCUUGGAGGGGGGGCGCUGGGGCUGGCGACAGCAUUUUCUCCGGCGCUGUCCAAGCGGGCGGAGGCGGCAGCGCAGAGUCUCGAAGAGCUGGAGGCCGAUAUCAUGAUCUGCAAGGAAGUGUUCAAGCCCACCCUACAGUACCUCAAGGCGGAGCAGUUCGACGCCGCAAGAACCAACACGAACUACAUCACGCGCUUCUUCAACCUCAAGAAGAAGAUCGACUCGUUUAUCGUCCAAGCCAGCGACGUUGUGGAAGACCCGGAUACGAUGGAGAAGGCGUUCGACAUGGCCCAAGAAGUAGAGGCCCUCUUCACCAACUUCGACUCUUCUGUAUACACCAUCAUCUUCAUCCCUGCCGACGCCGACGGCGUGCUUCCCCCGGGGGCGGAAAAGUACCUCAAACAGGCGUAUGGUUUCUACGAUGACAUCAACAAGGUUCUGGACUUCUACAUCGACCUGGUGCCCCCCGAGACGAAGGCUGCAGCGGAGAAGUUGCUCCCGGCAAAGAGGGCUCCUCUGCCUAGCUUCCUGUUCAAGGAAAAGUCGACCCUCAUGAAGGAAAAGUGCGCCAGUCGGAAAGUGCAGGUGAACUUAAUCCUGGGUAUCGUCCUGCUCUACAUUUGGGUGUCGAUGUCGCUCACGCUACUCGACAAGUGGCUCAUGACAGGAAUGGGCUUCAACGCCCCGCUCACGCUGAUCUCCCUCACUUACCUGAUCAUGCACCUGGUCAGCCUGUCUAUUCGGACUUGGUUGAGACAUCGAGGCGUCGAGGAAGGGGAGGGGGGCGGGGACGCGAGUCACCUCGUGCAACGUCUUUCGUGGCACCAGUGGGCGUGGAAGGUUUUCCCGGUGGCGGCGGCGUCUGGGCUAGAGGUGGGCACGAGCGCGCUUGGCUUGAAAGUGAUGCACGUGGGGGUCCACACGAUGGUGAGAUCUACGGUGCCAAUCUUCGUCCUUCUCUUCUCCGUCGGGAUGGGGCUGCAGGAGUUCCGGUGUGGGCUGUUGGCGGUGGUGAUGCUGGUGAGCGGGGGGGUGACCCUGCUGUUCUCGGGGCAGCGGAACGACCAAGAGGAAGAUUUCCCCAUGGACGGCUUCCUGCUGACCCUGCUCAGCGGAAUGCUGGCGGGCCUAAAGUGGACGCUGUCGCAGGUACUGCUCCAGGGUAGAGGGCUCUACGGGAGGGGGGCAAUCACCGUAGGUGAACACAUCCACCCUUUCACCCUACUCCACUACAUGAGCCUGUCGAGCGCUGCUUCCUUGGUGCCCUUUGCCCUGGCCCUCGAACUGGGGGCGUUGCACGAAAUGGCCGUCACCUUCAGCGGUCAUCGGAUAGUCAAGACGGGCUUAAUGAUUGUGGCCGUUUCGCUCCUGGCCUUCAUGCUGGUCCUGGCGGAGUUUUCUUUCAUCAGGAGGGUAUCCUCGUUGAGCCUGUGCAUCAUCGCCGUAGUCAAGGAGCUGCUGCUGGUGAUGUUCUCGGUUUUGGUGCUGGGGGAGCACCUCAGCGGGCGAACGGGGCUCGGCUUUUUCGUCACCAUGAUUGGCGUUACGCUUUACAAGCUCGUACCUAAGGGCCCGCCACAACACUUAUCGCUGAAGAACGGAGGAGGAGGAAGACAAGACACCGCCUCCACGCCCCUCGGAGCUGUAAAAUACUCUGGCGUAGGUGUUGCUCCGGAUAGGAGCGAGGGGAACGGAGGCAGCGGGAGAAAUAGAGAUAAGGAAGAGUGGCAACGUAGCCAACCUCGGGGGGGACGGCUGGCGCCGAUAGCAGCAACGUCCGCAGCGCCACCCCAAGGUCUCGAAACGAUGUCCUCGGAAGGCCGUCUUGCAGGUGGUGCAGACGCUGCGGACGAUGCUGCUGACGCUGAUGCGUUACGCCCAUGA